AUAAACAUAAAAGAUAUACGAACAUACAAAUUGUGAAGCAAAUUGAUCAGUGAGCGUAGAGCCUUGGCCGCGAGAUGUUGAGAAUACUUCUACUAGUCACGCUUUCAGUUGCGUUAGCGGUAGAAGAAGAUGAAUUUUUUUUCUUCGGGCAUGAAUACAAGAGGACGGAGCUGGGUAAUGCGGUUGACAAGGCGUCCAUGAGGUUGCUAAAGGAUUUAUACGACUCUAGUGAAGAAAAAAAUGUGAUAACAUCUCCCUUGGGCGUCCUCACACUGCUCUCUCUGUACUCUACAGGGACUACUGGCAAGAUCAAAGAGGAAAUAGUCAACUUCCUUGGUUUACCCGAUUACAAAAAAAUGACAGAAUCUUACAAAUCUCUGACCGAGAAGUUUACCGACAUGAAUCCCGAGUUUCUAACAAUGGCUAACAAAGUGUGCGUGGUGAGUCGCUAUGAGUUGACGGAUGAGUUUGCAGCCGUCGCUACACGUGAUUACCACAGCGAAGUACAGACUCUGAACUUUACUAAUCCUAGUGAAGCCGCUAAAAUUAUAAAUGAAUGGGCAGAUCAGAAGACUCGUGGCAAUAUAAAGAAUCCGGUAGAUGAAGACACUUUCCCUCCAGACACGGCUGCCGCUCUCUUUAAUAUUAUAUUCUUCCAGGGUCAUUGGCAUGUACCAUUCGACAAAACACACACCGUUGACAAGAAGUUCCAGCUCAGCGCCACAGAAUCUGUUCAGAAACCAACGAUGCAUUUACUGCAAUCCUUGUUUUACCACGAGGAUAAAGAAUUGGGCGCUAGAGUAAGUACAUAUAUUCGAUAACAUCCUUCUAAAAUU